AUGAGCAGAGCUCAGCAAUUGCUCCACGCGGGGCACACGGCGUCGCAACAUAAAUCGCCACUUUACAGCAAGUUACCGGGAGAGGUACGCGACCAGAUCUUUGCUUUCGCCCUUGCCGACUACCCGGACCCGGACCCGGCAAAGCAAUACGACUCCAUGACUUGUUAUGCGCGACCGUCAUACUUUGCGCCUCGAACGAGCGACACUCAGCUGCUUCGAACCUGUCGCGCCGUCUACAAGGAAUGCUGGCACUUGCCCUUUGCCCUUCGCGAACAGACAGCCUGGCUCACGAAUCCCGACCGAGCGCCGAAGGGUUAUGACUCGGGACAGCUUCAGCUUACACUCAAACAAAUCGCCGACUUCCACGGCAGCGAGAAGGUCGAAAUCCGCAGUCUCCGUGUAUUCGCGCAAAUGUUCAUGAUGGAGGAAAGCCGUAUGGCACAGCUGCUCAGUGUGCCGUUCUUGAAUCCGCGUGAGAUCACUCUUACCAUUAGACAUGCCGAUUGGUGGUAUUGGGAGAAUGAUCAGCCACUCAGCUUCAACGGCGAUUGGAUCAAGGGCGUUUGCGAGGCCAUGUCCAGCUCGGUUCAGCAAAUCCAUAUCGAGCUCGAAUCAUUGGAGAGGAAGAAGGAGCAAGUUGACGAGCUCGCUAAGCGGAUGGCGCGGCGUUGGUGCUUCGUUAGGGCCGAUGGUGUCGUGCUUUACGCCGAUGCCACGGACGGUGCCACCAAAGUGAGCCGCUGGUCGGGAACGAGUACCUGGCACGGACGGCGGUGGAUUCGCGACGAGGCAGAGCCUGGGAGGAUUGAUUACUAUGUCGCUACAGUCUCAUUCAGGCCGGAAGUGGUGCUCGAACGAAUUGGCGCCACAAUCAGCGAAACCGCUAGGAACCACGCGCGGCGGGGCUUAGAUUGCAUGCAUGGAGAACGAGUUAUGCUGGAUGUGCCAGGCGCCGAGGCCAUGGAGUAUGAAUACCUACCUUAUGUUGGAUCUCAUACGUAUGAAGAAUAUGAGGAAUAUGAGGAAUAUGAGGAGGAUGAGGAGGAGGACGAGGAGCAAGAUGACGAGGACGAGGAUGAUGAGGAAAACGAGGAUGAAUACGAGUAA